AUGGUGAAAAGGCGAUCAGCAGAUGUUCUUCGAAUUCCUGUAUUUUCUUCAGAUGGACCUCCACUGAACUACUACGGCGAAGAGUUUCAUGAGCGAGUCAAAAGAUCUCCCUUCCCACAAGAAGCCGGUCUCGAUCCUCGAAAGAAAUCUGCCAAGCACAGAAAGAAAGAAGUGUUGCAGGGUGUGCCAACAACGAUGUACACCAUGACGAACACUCAACUGUUGCCAGCUGAUGGAGAUAGCCUUCGAAUGAAAACAAUACGAAAUCGAGUGAAACCGAUUAGCGAAGUGGGCGAUGAUGACGAUAUGCUCGAGCUUGACAUCGACUCUCCACCGCUUGUUUACAUCACCAAGAUCCAGAAAAGAGGCGAAGAGAAAAGUCUAGAAGACAGAACGUUCCUCGAAAAGCCCAGAAAACGAAAAGGAAAGGGGAAAAAGAAGAAAAAGAAGCUCGGCCAGUCAGCACCCAGUUCAACGGAGGAACCACCGCCUGUACCGAAGAAACGGAAAGGUGGUCAUAAGAAGAAACAGAAUCGUUUGGACAAUCGAACAGGCACGAGUGAGCAGACGAAAUCUCCUCGACACCUUCUCUCAUCACCAGGUGUGCCACAUUUUACAACUCCACGACCUCAUCAGAGCAGUUUUCUCCAUGGCGCAAUCGAUCCGAAAGAUCCACGAUUCUCAAAUAAAGGCCAUAUCCGGGGUUAUCCCAUGCAUGUCGCCUCAAGGAAGCCAACCCCUUCGAGCCGUCUCUCCGAGGAAACUCGUCUUAUGUGGCAAAUGGACGAGUUGAACUAUACGACCCAUGCUGCUGCACUAAAAACCACUGCCAUGACCAAACUCAAAGAGGAGGAGGAGGAAGCUCCUACCGUACCAGUCGUUCAUCUACCACUUCCAACUGCCGAAAGUGAAACAACAACACCAGCUCCCACUAAGCGAAGUUUCUAUUCAACUCACACCCUAUCCACCUGGAGGUUGACUGCGGCGCCUCCAACCACAACCACCACAAUGAUACCAGUCACCAGGACCCCCUGGGUACCUUCCGGAGUAGAAACCGAGGAAGAAAAGCGAUUUGUAGCUAUUCAAGUACCUCUGCCAGUACUACACCGCGAGAAGAGUACUCUUGAACGAUUGAACAGCGAACUGCCGUCAGCAGCACAGGACGUUCAGCAGCAACCAACUCGGCCACCUCGACCAGUGAAACACGGUUUCGAUAGAAGCCUAGAUGAAGCCAUCGAUUCUGGCGUAUUUAACUAUCCCCCGGACCGAUCGUUGCAACACCACCAACACCAAGAGGAUCUACGUAAGGAUGGCGAUUUUCAGUCGCAACUGUCAACGUUCUCCUCAUCUGCAACUUGUAUAGCUCGUACGAUGUUCGACCUAUGGUGUGCAUGUCAGCUUUUGACGCUCUUCCCUUACCUGGUUGGAGUUUGUGUAGCCCGACGAAGUUUAUUCGUAUCACAUCUCGUACUCGACAUUCUUCUUCUAGUCAUCGGCUUUGUAUACACGAUCACCAUGAUAGUCUUUUCUGUGGUUUUGUACGUAUUGGUCGGUGAAAUGCCAAAAGAAGUGCUUUUCGAAUGGAUCCUAUUUGCACUUCUCCUUGAUGCGGUUCUAUUACUGUACGCCUGUCUGGUGGUGAUUUCCCUCCGUUGCUGUGAACGGAUCGUUCAAUGUCGGCUGACGAUGAAGCUCCAGACACCAUCGGCAGCCGCUGAAGCUGAACAAGUCUGA